AUGUUAAGCCAACCUCAUCAGGAUUCUGCUUCGUCUUCUCAUUGCAACACGGAAUUGUGUCUUUCUUCGGAGGUACAACAUCACUUGCUGCCUGCUGCCUCCAACAAUAAUAAUAACAGUAAUAGUAGCACACGCAUGAUAUUUAAAAUUGAUCAUUCCGAGUUUACGACUCACACUCACCGAUUAUUAAGAUCCGACUCUCCGAGAAUGUGCUAUUCAGAAGAAGGAAAAGCACACAAUAGAAAUGCUCUUCAUUGGGGACAAAGAAAACUACUCCUCUCCGAAAUUGAAUUUCUUACUCAAUAUUCACAACCGGGAGAUAUUGUUAUUUAUGCAGGAGCAGCACCUGGAAAUCAUUUACUGUAUUUAACACAAAAAUUAUUUCCCCAGUUAACAUUUAUUUUCAUUGAUCCUAACAAAUUCAAUGAAAAAUUAUCGUCGUUGCCAAAUGUUAAAAUUCUACAAGAAUAUUUCACAGUGAGCAUGGCAGAGGAAUUUGCACAAUUGAAAAAUCAAAUGGUUGAAUCUAAAAAGCUCAUGCAAGAUAACUCAAACAACACCAAUUUAAAUAAUAUAUUAUUUAUGAGCGAUAUUCGAACAGCUGAUCCUUCGAUCAUGUCUCUCGAGGAGUCUGAUAAAUGUAUCAUUGAAGAUUUACAAUUACAAAAAACAUGGAUCCAUACUUUACAACCGCGUUUCAGUAUGGUCAAAUUUCGAUUGCCCUAUUCAGAAGGUAAAACCAAAUACUACUCGGGCAAUAUAUUUCUUCCAGUUUGGGGCAGGAAAUGGACCACAGAGUGUCGACUCGUUAUUUCUGAAAAAGAUGUAGAACUUGGCAAUGAAAUUGAAUACGAUAACAUUGAGCACGCAGAACAAAUGUUUUAUUUCAACAAUGUGACACGAUUUGAAUAUAUUUAUCCUCAUGACAUUAUCGGUAAAUCAGAAGGAGUUGAUAAUUGUUAUGACUGUCGAUCAGAAAUUCACAUUCUCACCAUGUUCCUUAACAAAUUUCCAAAUAUGAAACAAUCCAUUCGGCAAGAUUGGAACCAAAUCUCAAAAAGGACAGCAAAGGGAUCAUCCUCAACGAGUAAUGACUCUGCUCCCUCAACAGCAAUAGGUAGUAGCAACAACAAUACUAACAAUACUCUUAUGAUUAGCAUUGAUCCCUCCCAAUACAUGGAUUCAUCUCAUUUCAUUGGACAAUGGAUGUUUGAAAUUUCAAUGCAAAUUUCUCCCAAUAAGCGUUCACUGUGUCACGUGUUGGACUCUUCUCAAUUCAUUUUCUAUCCUACUGUUCACUUACUCCCUCAACAGCAAGAUUCUAAGGAAUGGCUUGAAAUGAGGAAUAUGAUUUUACAGAGAACGAGUGAAUUCUCAAAAUUGAUCUAUGGUUCACAACAAAUUCCAUUCAAUAUUGACAAUAGAAGGAGAAGACCAGUAUCCAUCAUUCAAGAUGAGAAUGACCACCAAGGAUUCCGUCAUCCACAAGCAGAAGAAGAAGAAUCCCUCAUCUCGUCAUCGACCAUGACAUCAACGAAAAGGAAAAAGCGAAGAAAACACAAAAAGAGAAACAAAAAGACAAAACCACUUGAUGAAGAGAUGGAAUCUCAGCAUCUCGACUCUCAUCAUGACAACACAACUGGUGUUGCUGCUGAAACAACUUGUAAUGAUGGAGAUGAAGAGGACUCGGUCUCACAGCAACAACAACCCUCGUCAUCCUCUUUGAUGUAG